CCACCCACCCACCUGCCGAGUACCGCGUUCGUAGUUCGUACGGGUCAGAACCAGUCAUAGCGGAUUGCGCAACGCCGGAACCUUUCACUGACGACGACACGACGACGACGUUCCGCCGCCUCACGAAUAACAAAAAAAUCCUGUGUUUCGUCGCGGACCCGCUUUGUCCGCUGCAGUUGUCGCCGUUCGUCAUCGUCGCCGUCGUUGUCGUCGUCGUGUCGUAACAGCGUCGUUCGUCGGAUUCCGCCAUUUUCCCGUCUGGCGGACACCGUUGACGGUCACUGCCAACCCCGAUUAUACCAUGGCUAAUAAAUGCAUUCUUUUGUGUGCAUUAGCAUUAUGCUGUGUUCGUGCUGAUCACCUGAUGUCUAAUGAUGCUUUAUCAGAUCUAAAUGAUAUGUCUAAAGAUAUUACUAUAGAAUGUAACAAUAAAGAAAUAAGUGUAACUAUUGAUACAAAGUCAAAAUCAUUCACCGGAAUAAUUUACCCUAAGGGCUUAUCCAAAAAUUCAAGUUGUAUGGCUGAAUUCAAUUAUGAAAAAAGUCCUGUGGUUUAUAAACUUCCGUUAAGAUCAUGUAAUACAAUGAGUACAUAUCUAAAUGAUGGUUUAGUAGAAUACUUCAAUACAAUAGUUUUGCAACCUCAUAGAAAAUUGGUGACAAAUCAGGGUAAAGGCUUUCAUAUUCGUUGUAAAUAUCAAACAAAUGAUCAGCUGUUAACUAAUGUGUUAAAUAUGAGCACAACUGAUGAAGGAGCAAUGAUUGAAACUGCCAAGAUGCCAACGUGUACAAUGAAAAUUUUCUCUGGGAAAACUGUAAAGCAAGAUGUAGCGGAAAAUGUGAAAAUUGGAGAUCCCUUGACAAUGGUUAUUUCAAUUAACAGUGAAGACACUUUUGGAUUGUUUAUUACAGAUUGUUUAGUUCGUGAUGGUUUGGGUUGGGGUGAUCAGCGUCUUAUUGAUAAAUCUGGAUGUUCAAUUGAAGAUGAUAUAAUGGGACAAUUUCAAUAUAGUGCUAACAAAACUACAGCAGUGGUGAACUUUCAAGCUCAUAAGUUUCCAUAUACUACCUCUGUUUAUUAUCAAUGUCAUGUUCAUUUGUGUUUAAAAGCAAAUGGAGGUUGUGCAAAUACGCCACCAAAUUGUAGCAAUAGAAAACGUUUUCGACGUGAAGAUCAAACAACUGAGGAUGAAAGUCCUGCUACAAUAGAAGUAUAUAGUGGCCUUUAUGUAAAUGAAGGAGUUGAUUCAGGUAAUCCAGAACAGAUGGAUCAAGUAGCACGAGAAAAGAUUUUGGAUGAUCCUUACAAUAUUUGUAUUUCUCAGCGAAAUUUUGCUAUAAGUAUUGCAAUAGCUGGACUUAUCCUCAUGCUUUUAACAGUAAUAACAGCUUUGAUAUUGUUGAUGAGAAGACACAAAAAAUCUGUUUCCUCCAGUGGAAGUUCUGUCUACAGCGGCCCAUACACAAAUACAGCAUUUAGUCAUACUAGUUAAAUAUCAUCAAUUAAGAAUCUGUGGUGCUCUUUUUAUUAACAUGUAACAAAAUUUAUUUUUAUUUUACAUCUAAAAUAAUGGAUAUUCAUAAUAUUUAAGAAAUAUCAAAGGUAUUGAGAUU